UCCAGCGUUGCGUAGAUAGAUCGAAGUCAUGGUUCGUUUAUGUUUUUGCCGUGCAAAGCUGAAUGAACCAAUAAGGAACUGAAAAUUUUGUUUUCAAAGUAUUUAGUAGGUUAGCCGAUUGGAGUUGGAGCAGUGGACGGUGGACCUUUCUCCCCAAGUCCAAUACCCAAAAAUAAAAUAAAUGAUGAAGACCUCUAUCCCAUUUCAAAUUUUAAUCUCAAAGUCUCACCCCACGUUGCCUUAUCCCCAAGUAAAGCCGAAAGUCCCAUCCCAACAACUACUACUACUCUCCUCCUUUCAGGUCCAAUUAGCCCUUUCGGGUCUGUUCUAAGCCCAAAUCCUCUUCCUCCCUCUCCCCUUUCUUCCUGCAAGACUCUAGAUCCCUUAGCGUUCAAAAGUCGCUUUCCGGGCUUCAAAUCCGCUGCCAGAUCGCUUCUCUUCGGGUUUUUGACCGUAGCAGGUUUACUUCUAGACAGCAAUGGCAGAAAUGACAGAAAUGGAAACAACCCCCGGGGAGAAUAACAAUGAUUUGGCGCUGAUCACUCCUGAAACACAGCCUAACAAGCGAAGGAAAAAGAAGUCCAUAGUUUGGGAGUACUUUACCAUUGAAAAUGUGAGUCCAGGAUGUAGAAGAGCAUGCUGUAAGCGUUGCAAGCAAAGUUUUGCUUAUAGCACUGGUUCCAAGGUAGCAGGUACCAGCCAUCUCAAACGUCACAUUGCCAAAGGAACCUGUCCAGCACUCUUACGUCACCAAGAUAACAAUCAAGUGACUCCAUAUAACCCAAGCAUGGGUGGAAGUGAAACACCAAAGAGACGCUACAGAUCUCCUAGUUCACCUUACAUUCCGUUUGAUCAGGAUCGUUGCCGCCAUGAAAUUGCAAGAAUGAUCAUCAUGCACGAUUACCCUCUUCACAUGGUUGAGCAUCCUGGGUUCGUAGCAUUUGUUCAAAAUCUUCAGCCUCGGUUUGACAAAGUGAGUUUCAACACCGUUCAAGGGGAUUGUGUCGCAACUUACCUGAGGGAAAAGCAAAGCCUCAUGAAGUUUAUUGAGGGUAUUUCUGGACGCUUUUGUCUUACACUGGACAUGUGGAGUUCAAAUCAAACCCUGGGCUAUGUGUUUAUAACCGGACACUUCAUUGAUAGUGACUGGAAGUUGAAUAGACGGGUUCUCAAUGUCAUAAUGGAACCAUAUCCUGAUUCAGAUUCUGCUCUAAGUCAUGCUGUUGCCGCUUGCCUGUCAGACUGGAGUUUGGAAGGCAAGUUAUUUUCCCUCACCUUCAAUUAUCCUCCAAGUGAAGCUGGGCUGGAAAAUCUUAGGCCUUUACUCUGCACUAAGAAUCCCCUUAUUCUUAACGGUCAGCUGUUAAUUGGAAAUUGCAUAGUUCGUACUUUGAGCAGCAUGGCAAAGGAUGUGCUCGGAGCAGGGCAAGAGAUCAUCAAGAAAAUCCGUGAUAAUGUAAAGUAUGUGAAGGCAUCAGAAUCCCAUGAUGAUAAGUUUGUUCAAGUUAAAAACCAGCUUCAAGUGCCAAGUGAAAAGACCGUAUUUCUUGAUAAUCAAACUCAAUGGAACACAACAUACCAAAUGCUUGCGGCCGCUUCUGAAUUGAAGGAAGUGUUUAAUUGUUUGGAUACUUCUGAUCCAGAUUAUAAGCUAGCCCCAUCAAUGGAAGACUGGAAGCUGGCUGAGACUUUAUGCACUUUCUUGAAACCUCUCUUUGAUGCAGCCAGCAUCCUUACAACUACAACUAGCCCUACUGCAAUUACAUUCUUUCAUGAAGCAUGGAAAAUACAUGCGGAUUUGGGUCGUUCAAUCAUUAAUGAGGAUCCCUUCAUCAGCAAUCUUGCAAAAUCAAUGCAAGAAAAGAUCGAUAAGUACUGGAAAGAUUGUAGCGUGGUUUUGGCACUUGCAGUAGUCAUGGAUCCUCGAUUCAAAAUGAAGCUUGUUGAGUUCAGUUUCACAAAAAUAUAUGGUGAAGAUGCUCCCACACAUAUCAAAAUUGUUGAUGAUGGAAUUCACGAGCUCUUUCUUGAAUAUGUGGCACUUCCACUGCCUUUGACACCAACUUAUGCAGAAGAAGGAAAUGCUGGAAAUAAUGGAAAGACUGACGAAUCUCAUCAAGGAAAUCUUCUUUCUGACCACGGACUUAACGAUUUUGAUGCCUACAUUAUGGAGACCACUAGCCAACAGAUGAAGUCUGAACUGGAUCAGUACUUGGAAGAAUCCUUGUUACCCCGUGUCCAAGAGUUUGAUCUGUUAGGUUGGUGGAAGCUGAAUAAGAUUAAGUAUCCAACUCUUUCAAAGAUGGCUCGUGACAUUUUUUCGAUUCCAGUAUCUGCUGCAGCUCCUGACUCGGUCUUUGAUAUCACAUACAAGCAACUGGAUGAGUACAGAAGCUCCUUGAGACCAGAGACCGUGGAAGCCCUAAUCUGUGCCAAGGAUUGGCUUCAUUAUGGAUCUGAAGUUUCAAAUGCACUUGUUAAAAUGGAAUUUUAGAUGUAGAUCUUACUUCCAUCAGAGUAUCAUGGUGAGGUUGCCCUAUUGGACAUAUUUAGUUUACUAUUUCACUAUUAGGCUUCUAUUUUGUACUAUUAGAAAGAAUUCUAUGGAUGCUUGGACAUGAAAACUUAAUUGCUAGGGUAGUUUUUGCUAGUGCAUGCUUCUUUGAAGGUUGUACUGGGCACAAAAAAGUCCCAACACCAAGUAGGCUUUUGACAGGGUUAGACCACGGACUAGUCUUAAGCUCCUGUAGCUUCUGUUAGGGACCGGAAGACUAUCCUGUCUUUUGCUUCUUAUUCAGAUGGAUGUACAAUGCAGAUUUGCAUAUUUGCAUGUCGACCUAAGCGGCUAAAACAACGACACAAUCGGAAGAAAUCAGUCUGAAUUGCAUCUCUGAACUUAGUCAAGACAGAACGAAACUGAAUCAAAUACAAUCUGGGUAACUAUUAUUUGCAUCUUGAUUUUUGAGUUGCAUGGUAUGUUGCCGCCUAUUGAUAGCAAGGCUAAUCGACAUU